AUGGAGGAUGGUACGCGCAGUACGAGGUACGAGGUUGGGCACGGACAAACAUCACAUACUUCGUUUAGUACAGCGGUUAAUACCCAGCAUGUUGAAGGUGAUGAGAAUUUCAGCCCAGAGGCAUUAAAUGUUAUGGCAGGAAACUUAAAUGCUCCUGAGGACACAACUCAGCCUAGCAUUCCAACUCAUAUGUCAGUCCUUGACAUUCUGAUGAUGGACCAGACACGUAAGAGAACAGCCCAAGAGUUGGAUGGGCCUGAUCCAUUUCUUUCAGCCCAAGCCGUUUCCAUGAAUGUUGAUCCAAAUAUCGCACCAGAGGCGGACAACGCAAGCAGAGGGAGUUGGCGUCUAACGGGUUUCUACGGUGAACCAGAUAGGCGGAAUCGGAGUGAGAAAAGAGGUGGGAAUCCACAACCUACUUGGUUGAUUGAGGGCUUUCGAGAUGCAGUAUCCAGUAGUGGCCUUUCCGAUUUCCCCCUUCAAGGUCACCAAUUUACCUGGGAGAAAUCUCGUGGGAAACCGGAUUGGAUUGAAGCCAAGUUAGACAGAGUGCUGGUGUCUGACUCGUGGAAAGACAAGUUCAAAGAUGCAGAGGCUCAUACCAUUAUUUCUUCUAAGAGCGACCACCUCCCAAUUCUGCUCAAGGUGGUGGAGGCAGUUUGCCGUGAGGUAGUGAUAGAUAGCUGGGAGGCUUCUAGAGGUUUGGAUUUGUUGGUUCGAAUUGAACGAUGCAAUGAAGCUGUGUGGAAAUGGGGGAAAGUGUUCACAAAGAACUUCAGGCGUAAGAUUGAUUUCUGGUCUCGGCGGAUGGAAUCUCUGAAGAGGAGGACUGAUCACCAAGGCUGCAUGCUAUUUAAGGAAGCCCAAUACCAUCACUUAAAAGCCCUGGAACAUCAAAACGCGUACUGGAGGCAUAGAUCCAAAGAAUUCUGGUUAAAGGGAGGGGAUCAAAAUACAACCUUUUUCCAUAAUGCAGUUCGCAGGAGGCGUCAAAACAAUCAAAUUCUCAGACUUAAAGACGAUAAUGGGGAAUGGUGUGACAGAGGUACAUCUCUCAAUAAUCUUAUGCUUAAAUAUUUCUCUGAUAUGUUUGACUAUGAGCAAGAUGUCCAAGGUCCUAUUCUUGAGAAUCUGGGGUCUGUUUUGUCCCAAGCUCAGAAUGAGUGUCUUACUAGUACCUUUACCACGGAGGAGAUAAAGAGGGCUUUGUUUGAUAUGAAACCGGAUAAGUCGCCGGGUCCGGAUGGCUUAUCCCCUGGGUUUUUUCAGCAAUAUUGGGAUAUUCUUGGUAGAGAUGUUGUGAAUUUCUGUGAAACAUUUAGGCAAACCAAAUCACUUCCUCCUGGGGCUAACAACACUCACAUUGUUUUGAUUCCCAAAGUGGCUAAGCCUACUUCCAUGACUGAGUUAAGACCCAUUGCCCUCUGCAAUGUGCUGUAUAAAAUCUUAUCAAAGGCCUUAGCUAACAGAAUAAAGCCACUGCUAAACUGCCUUGUCUCUGAAUCUCAGUGUGCCUUCGUCCCAGGAAGGCUCAUAUCUGACAAUUUACUCCUUGCUUAUGAAAUCCAACACUAUUUGAAAAGAAAAUCCCAGGGAAAUAAUGGCAUGAUGGGGCUCAAAUUGGAUAUGAGCAAGGCCUAUGAUAGGGUCAAUUGGAGCUUGGUGGAAGGGAUUUUAUCUAAAUUGGGUUUCUCAGCCGACUUUGUUGCUAUGGUUUCGGGAUGCAUUAGAUCUGUCCAUUAUAACCUGCUGCUUGAAGGUCGUGAAAUAGGCAGCUUUAUUCCUAAGAGAGGCCUCAGGCAGGGUGAUCCCUUAUCCCCAUACCUGUUUAUUCUAAUGAUGGAGUGUCUUAGCAGGUUGAUUUCUAAAGAGAUUCAUCAUGGUUCUCUGCAUGGGGUUACUAUCUCUAGGGGGGCUCCGGUUAUUUCCCACUUAAUAUUCGCCGAUGAUUGCUUUCUCUUCUGCCGUGCAAAUUCUUUGGAAGCUGGUUUACUGAAGGAGAUCUUAAAAGAAUUUUCUGCAGCUUCUGGUCAGUCAAUCAAUCUGACCAAAUCAUCCCUAAUUUUUAGCAAGAAUGUGGACUCCCUGUCUAGAACUGUGGUAUCUGAAAUUCUGGGCAUCUCAGAGGGCUGUAUGCAGGGUAAAUAUUUGGGGCUACCUUCUCUGGUGGGUAGAAGAAAAACCGAGAUCCUUGGAUUUAUCAAAGACAAAGUGCUAGGGAGGAUCAAGAGUUGGAAUAACAGGUUUCUUUCACGGGCUAGGAGGGAAAUCCUAAUAAAAAAUGUCCUACAGGCUAUUCCAACUUAUGCCAUGAGCAUUUUCCUUUUACCCCAUUUCAUUUGUCAUAAGAUUGAGCUGGCUUUAAAUAAAUUUUGGUGGAAAGGGCAGUCUGAGGAUGGGAAAGGCAUCAACUGGAAACGAUGGGACGAGCUGUGCAAGCCUAAAGCUUUUGGAGGAAUGGGGUUUCAAAGUUUGAGGGCGUUCAAUAUGGCUCUUCUAGGCAAACAGGCCUGGAGAUUUAUCCAUUAUCCUAAUUUUCUUGUCUCAAGGGUUUUCAAAGCCAAAAAUAUAAAUGUCUGGAAGGAUCCAUGGCUCCCAAACAAGUCUUCUCCCUUUGUCUCAACUCCUAUGCCAGACUACCUUGCCGAGGCAAAAGUUCAUUCUCUUCUUACUUUGCAGGGCAAUAACUGGGACAAGGAACUUCUUGAUGAUAUUUUUGAGCCGGCAGACACUGUCCAAAUCAUGAGUAUUCCAAUCCCCAUUGGAAACCAUCAAGACAGAUUAAUUUGGAACCAUGAUGAUAAAGGGUCUUACACUGUGAAGAGUGCUUAUAGAGUUAUAUGUGGAGAGCUUGCUGAUAUUCACCGGCUUCCUCUUAUCUUAACCGUCGCAUGGUACAUCUGGUUCGAGCGCAACAAGAGGAUCUGGAAUGGAAUCAAAUCUUCUUUCUCAUCUAUUCUUGAGGAAGCCAGGUUGUACUUCUUAGCUUGGCAACAGCUUAAUGUCCUACAUCCCCAUUUAGCUUCACGGCAACAGGAUCCUAGGCGGGAGAGACCAGCUCUUGGUUGGCUUAAGAUCAAUACGGAUGCAGCGAUGAAUACUACUUCCAAUAUGUCUGGGUUUGGUUUUAUUGCUAGAGAUUCUGAUGGUCUGUUCGUUGCGGCAAAGUACUUAUCAUGUUCCGGAAUCUUUCAACCCAGAGUGACAGAGGCUCUAGCUGUCAGAGAGGCACUCAUUUGGGCUAAAGACAAAGGUUUUGAUGCUGUUUGCUUGGAGUCUGAUGCUCAAGUCGUCAUACAGGGUCUAGGGAAUUCAAACUCUAAUACUUAUUUUGACCUUGUUCUCAUGGAUAUUCAUAAAUUAACUAGUUCUUUCCUAAAUAUUAGCUUUAUGUUCGUUAAGCGAUCCGCGAAUUCGGCAGCCCACCGCUUAGCAAGGGAGGCCGUUUUCAAUGCUGAUUGUAGGGAGUGGACUUCUUCCCCUCCUUCUUUUAUCUCUGAUGUUAUUUUGGCUGAGGCCGUUUGA